UGCUUGUAUCAGUUCCUGGCGUUUGUCCCACCGAGCGAUGGGAGCCUGAGGAAACCGGGCACAGCGGCGGGGGUGCAUCCACUCGCCCUGCUGCUCACGGGCUCUGUGAGUGACAGAGAGCUCUGCAAGAUUCAGUAUCAUUUUGGAGAGUUUGGCAAUUAUUCCCUUGUGGUAAAGACCCUAAGUACAAGCACCAAAACUGUUUCUUGUGACCUAGUCAUCAAUGAAGGCCCUAUCAACAGCUACCUCCCUAUUCUCUUUGCUUUCCUGGUUUACAUGGGGAUCCUUGCUAUCCUGAUUGUUGGGCGCCUUUUUAUGAAAAUUGAUCCAGUCAGAAAUUGGGUUUACAAGAAACUGAACCCCAGAGAAACUGAUCAUCUGAUUAAUUCUGAGCUUGGGUCCCCGAACACAACAGACUCCGUUAGCAGUGAUCCCACCCCACGUUUGUGGAGCAGAGCCUCUCGGCAGCGGCUGCGUUCCCUGGACACGUUCCGAGGGCUCUCUCUUAUAAUUAUGGUGUUUGUUAACUAUGGAGGAGGAAAAUACUGGUUCUUCAAACACGAGAGUUGGAACGGAUUAACAGUGGCAGAUCUGGUGUUUCCAUGGUUUGUGUUCAUAAUGGGGACAUCGGUAUCGUUGUCACUGAGCUCUAUGCUGAGGUGGGGAAGUUCCAAGGAGAAAGUGCUCGGGAAAAUCCUCUGGAGGAGUUUUCUGCUAAUCCUGCUGGGAAUCAUAGUCGUGAAUCCCAAUUACUGCCUUGGACCAUUGUCCUGGGAUAACCUGCGUAUUCCUGGGGUGCUCCAAAGGCUGGGUUUCACGUACCUGGUGGUUGCUGCUCUCGAACUCAUGUUUACAAGAGCUGGGGCUGAGAGUGGGACCUUGGAGACGCCAUGUCCUGCUCUGCAGGAUAUUCUCCCCUACUGGCCACAGUGGAUUUUCAUUCUGAUGCUAGAAAUGAUUUGGCUCUGCCUGACCUUUUUGUUACCAGUGCCAGGUUGUCCCAGGGGCUAUCUUGGUCCUGGGGGCAUUGGAGACUUUGGAAAGUAUCCCAACUGCACUGGAGGAGCAGCUGGUUACAUUGAUCGUUUGCUUCUUGGAGAAAACCAUAUAUAUCAGCAUCCCUCUUCAAGUGUGAUUUACCAAACAACGAUGCCAUAUGAUCCUGAAGGGAUCCUGGGGACCAUAAAUACCAUUUUCAUGGCAUUUCUGGGACUGCAGGCAGGAAAAAUUAUCUUGUUCUACAAAGACCAGCACAAACAAAUCAUGAGUCGGUUCGUCAUAUGGAGCAUAGUAAUGGGAAUUAUUUCUGCUAUCUUGACAAAGUGUUCUAAAGAAGAAGGGUUUAUUCCCAUCAACAAGAACUUAUGGUCAAUAUCAUAUGUGACAACCAUGAGCUGCUUUGCCUUCAUCCUCUUACUGCUGAUAUAUUACCUUGUGGAUGUCAAAAGACUGUGGUCGGGUGCUCCAUUUUUCUACCCAGGAAUGAACUCAAUUCUGGUCUACAUUGGACACGAAGUGUUUGAAAACUACUUCCCUUUUAAGUGGAAGAUGCAAGACAGUCAAUCCCACGCAGAGCAUCUGACUCAAAACCUCACUGCGACAACUCUUUGGGUCAUAAUAUCGUAUUUACUUUACAGGAAAAGGAUAUUCUGGAAAAUCUGAUAGAGGUGGUCAAGGUAUAGCAGGCCUAGAUUCUGAUGGGGCAUGUGCAUAAGGUGGAUUGGCCUGAAACACUGCCACUCAUGCUAGGCUGUGUUACUAAAAAGGGACACUAGUUCAAGUUUACAGUGCCAUGGAAGUUAUCAAGACUUUCAUGUGACUUAAGGGACAGUAUUUUCCUAUUUAGCAAAAACCUACUAGUCUGCUGCAGUUGCUCUCUUUCUGUUUUCUGUAUUUUG